AUGGCCACAGCUAUACAUAGACUUGGCGACUGGGGUUCUGUCUUGCAUCUAUAUCUGUUUCUAGAGUCUUUGAUGGUGCCAUGCACAAGGGGUAUGGAGAGGCAUGUGUGUUCCAGAUUGUCUGAACUGGCUACAAGCACAGGUACUGGUGGAUCGCACAGAUGGGUGUACAGGGCCGUGUGGGUGCGGAUGUCGUGGUGCUUCCCCACAUUGCUGUGCCGCAUUCGGGGUUUGCGGGGCACGCACCAUCAGCAUGAGCUAGUGGGGGAUAUUUUCCUUGCCGCCCUGAGGAAGCCAGGUGCUGCUUAG